GAAAAGCUUGUAGCCAUAGACAUAAAUAUACAUGGUGGGUCUCAAUUUUUCUUUUCAAACCACCAUUAUAAGGCUUCACGCUUAACUUAUUACAAACAUCUUUCUCACUCCCGCUCCAUAUGUGCUUCUUCAUUACCUCUCUAAACCAAAUCAUGAAAGUAAAGAGAAAAACAAAAAUGCAACUCCUCCUUUCACUUCUGAUUAUGUGCCUCCUCCACGUCCAUCCAACCCUCUCCAGCGGAUAUCUCCUCUCGGAAUACAGAGCCCUCCUCUCCAUCAAGUCCUCCAUCACUGAUGACCCACAAUCAGCUCUUUCUACGUGGAACACCUCCACUAGCCACUGCACCUGGUCGGGUAUCACAUGCCACCCUUCCCGUCGUCGCGUGACCAUCCUUGACCUCUCAGACCUUCGUCUCUCUGGUACUCUCUCCCCAGACCUGGCUCAUCUCCGUUUCCUCUCCAACCUCUGCGUCGCCUCCAAUCAACUCUCCGGGGCCAUCCCCGCCGAGCUCUCUUCCCUCUCUGCCCUCCGCGUCCUCAAUCUCUCCGACAAUCGCUUCAACGGCAGCUUCCCCUCCCAACUCUCCCUCCUCAAGAACCUUCAGGUUCUGGAUCUCUACGACAACGACUUGACUGGUGACUUACCCUUGGCCGUCACUCAAAUGCCCAACUUACGCCAUUUGCAUCUCAGCCGUAACUUCUUCUCGGGUGGGAUCCCGUCCCAGUACGGGCAAUGGGAGUUCCUGGAAUACUUGGCAGUAUCCGGUAACAAGCUCCAAGGUCCUAUACCGCAGGAGAUAGGAAACUUGACCAACCUCAGGGAGCUCUACAUUGGACAGUACCCUAAUAUGUACGAAGGUGGCAUACCCCCAGAGAUCGGGAACCUAUCGGAACUAGUUCGUUUCGAAGCCAACAGCUGUAACUUAUCCGGCGAGAUACCACCGGAGAUCGGGAACUUGGUGAGCUUGAAAUCCUUGGACUUGUCGUCUAAUGUUUUUACAGGCGAGAUUCCUGAGUCUAUUGGCGACAUGCCGGAACUGGAGGAGUUGAGGUUGUGGGAUAACAACUUUACCGGGAUCAUUCCUCAGAGGCUGGGAAAGAAUGGGAAGCUUCAGCGUCUUUAUCUUUCAUUUAAUAAACUGAAUGGUACUCUGCCUCCUGAUCUGUGUUUUGGGAAUCAACUUCAAAUUCUGCAUACUAAGGAAAAUUUAUUGUUCGGUCCAAUCCCGGACUCACUGGGGAGGUGCGAGUCACUGCAUAGUAUACAGAUGGGGCACAACAUUCUCAACGGUUCAAUGCCAAGAGACCUUUUCGGUUUGCCCAAUCUCACUUACGUGGACCUGCAGAAUAACAGUCUGACCGGGAAGUUUCCCAUUUCCUCGAGAAAAGAUUCUCAAUUGAGGGCACUAGAUAUUUCUGACAACAAGAUUCAUGGGGAGCUACCUAGUUGGAUCUGGAGACUUCCCGAUCUUCAGUUUUUGAAUCUUUCUCAUAAUUGUCUAGAGAGUCUAGAUGUGAAUUUAAACUCUUCCCAAACUUCCUUCGCCAACUUGGAUAUAAAGGAUUCUCAAUUGAGGGCACUAGAUAUAUCUGACAACAAGAUUCAUGGGGAGCUACCAAGUUGGAUCUGGAGACUUCCCGAUCUUCAGUUUUUGAAUCUUUCUCAUAAUUGUCUAGAGACUCUAGAUGUGAAUUUAAACUCUUCCCAAACUUCCGUAUCAAGAUUGAGGAUCAUAGACCUUCACUCCAACCAGCUCCAAGGGCAACUUUCAACUCUCCCACUUAAUUUUCAAAACUUCAUUCCACGUGAGGACUUUGAUCGAAAGAUUUUUUUCUUCUCUGUUUCAAGGAAUAAAUUCAACGGGACUAUUCCUAUGUCACUGUGCAAUGCUAUCGAUCUUGGUGCUCUAGACUUGUCCCAUAAUCACUUUACUGGCACGAUUCCCCAAUGCUUAAUUGAAAUGAGUACAACACUAAGCGUGAUGGAUUUAGGUGGAAACAAUCUUACUGGCGUAAUUCCUGAUUCCUUUUCAGACUUCUGUAGUUUAAAAGCUUUGGUUCUGAAUGGAAAUCAACUAGAAGGAGAGCUACCAAAAUCCCUGGCCAAGUGCAAUAGAGAGUUGGAGGUUUUGGACGUCGGGAACAACCGCAUUCAGGAUACCUUCCCAUGUUAUUUGAAGAACAGAGACACAUUGCGAGUCCUUAUUUUGCGAUCUAACCAAUUUUAUGGGUCUAUUAGUUGUCUAGACGCUAAUACCACUUGGUCCAACCUUCAAAUUUUAGACCUGUCCUCAAACCAUUUUGUUGGUAAGUUUCCAAUACGUUACUUUUCUAGCUGGAAGGCAAUGAUAGGAACUGAAAAUAAGGCUGGACAUCAGCAAUAUAUAAUGCCAGUUCACUCCUAUCAAAUUAAGGUAAAAGUUACAUUAAAAGGUCAAGAAUUGGAGUUGGUGAAGAUCCUAAAUAUCUUCACCUCACUUGACCUGUCGUGCAACAGUUUUGACGGACAUAUACCUGCAGAAAUAGGAGAAUUCAAAGCCCUAUAUGCCCUCAACUUAUCUCACAAUGCUUUUACAGGUCAAAUCCCACAAGCUUUAGGAAAGUUGACUGGUCUUGAGUCACUAGACUUGUCGAGCAACAAUCUUAUUGGAGAGAUUCCUCUCCAACUUGCAGAUGGUCUUAUUUUCCUGUCAACCCUUAACCUUUCGUUUAAUCAAUUGGUGGGAAAGAUUCCACAGAUCAAGCAAUUUCCUACAUUUCCAGAAAGUUCAUUCGAAGGAAAUAUAGGAUUGUGUGACUUUCCUCUAAAAGAAAAAUGCAUACAUGAAGAAUUGGAACCGUCACCUCCUCCAUCUGAAGAAUCUCAUUCGUAUUCUGGGAAUUCAAUUGAUUGGGACUUCUUAAGUGCUGAAUUAGGAUUUGUUUUCGGCUUCGGGACUUUUAUUGGACCUCUUAUAUUUUGGAAGAGGUGGAGGAAACGCUACUAUAAACAUGUCGAUGACAUUGUUUUUAAGAUGUUCCCUCGGGCAUACAUAAGAUCAAUAGAAAAUCAUCGAAGGCGAGCACACAGGAAUCAAGGACGGCAAGCACGAAGGAAUCAAGGUGGGAGGGAUUAG